AUGACCAACUUUCUCGUUAACAUGGUGGGAUUCAGUUAAUUAACAGACUCCUUAAGAAAACUCCAAUUCAUGGCUCCUCUCAGCACAGACCAAGAAACCACAUGUGAGACGCCAGUCCUAAUGUUAGCUAUAGGUGUUGGUGGAAACAGAAAUGAUCUCCACAACAGUCUGACCUAAAGAGAAGCAACAGCACAGGGCAGCAGAUGGAGAAUGGAGACCUGGGUCACAUGAUGGGGGAGCCAGUGACUCUGAAUGUGGGUGGCUGUGUGUACAGCACAUCUCUGUCCACACUGCGACGCUACCCAGACUCCAUGCUGGGAGCCAUGUUCAGAGGAGACCUUCCCACUGUCAGGGACACACAUGGAAACUACUUCAUUGACCGUGAUGGCCCAGUGUUUCGCUACAUACUCAACUUCUUGCGGACGUCAGAGCUGACUCUGCCCUGCGACUUUAAGGAAACUGAGCUGCUCAGGAAGGAGGCUGACUUCUAUCAGAUUGAGCCCUUGAUCCAGUGCCUGGGAGACCCCAGGCCCCUGCUGCCUUACCCCACUGACACCUAUGAAGAGGUAGUGGAGCUGUGCAGCACCAGGAAGCUGUCCAAGUACUCCAACCCUGUUGCAGUCAUCAUCACCCAGCUAACCAUCACCACGAAGGUCCAGGCAGUGUUGGAGUCCAUUUCGAGCAGUUUCACAAAAUGGAACAAACACAUGAUGGACACCAGAGACUACCAGGUGUCCUUCACCUUUGGGCCAUGUGACCACCAGCAGGAAGUCAGCCUACGUGUCCACCUGAUUGACUUCAUCUCCAAAGCUGGUUUUGAAAUACGCAACACGCGUGUUCACCACAUGAGCGAACGAGCCAAUGAGAACACAGUGGAACAUCACUGGACAUUCUGCCGACGAAUGCUCAAAGUCAGCUCAGACUGAUAUAUGAACUAAUGGAUGGGAUUACGGACUAUCAGAAGAUGUGAUGCUGGUGGUUUUGUGGUUAGCAUUAAUGUUCUGUAUGAUUCUGUAUGAGAAUUUAAGCACCAAGUGAGGUUAAUGGAGGGCUACAUUGACCAUAUGGUACAUUAUCAUAUUAUACUACUUUGCUUUAUCAUAUACACUAUAUGGCCAAAACUGUGUGGACAGCCUCCCAGUCAGCAUAUAAUCAUGUCAUUGUCAGUAGUGUUCUUUCAACUUUGUGUCAAUGCAGCUGGCUGUUUCUUGUGUCAACAUGGUAAUAUUUCCAUGCCCAAAGCCAGAAAGAAGUGAUUUUCCCAGUUUGGUGUGAAAAAAACUUGACUGACCUGCAUGGAGACUUGACUUCAACCCCAUCACAACACCUUUGGUAUGAAAUAUAACACCUGGCCUUAUCACCUAUCAUCGGUGUUGGACCUCAGUAAUGCUUUUUUUUGUCUGGAUGGUUGCAAGUGACAUCUGGUGGAAAGACUGAAACCAGAAGGCUGUUACAGCAGUACAUUAGUGAAAAUGGUUUUGGAAUGAUAUUAUCAAGUUUGACAUAUAGCUGCAAUGUUUGGGCAAAUGCAUGUCCAGAAGAUUUUGGGCACACAAUGUGUGGUACGGUAGCUACAUAUCAUAAUAAUCAUAAAUCUGUACAUUGAUGUCUAGGAAUUAAUAUUAAUUGCAAAUAAAACAACUUGAAAAAUGAU